AUGUAUCCAAGCAGUCUAUUGUUGUUGUUAGCGAGCAGCGUACUCGCGGCGCAGCCGGCCCUUGCUGAGGCCGGUUCGCAAAAGCGCCUCGGGGCUUUCCCAGACGCCAAAACGCCAUGGCCAGCCGGGGCGGCACCCAUUCCGUCGUGGCACGCGGCGAGGCUGAAUUACUCGUCGCCGGGGCCGCACCUGUUCGCGUCGACGUACGGGCUCCUGCAGCAGUGGAGCAACACCGUGUUUCCGAACGGGCACACGAUGGCGGCGGUGGAGAUACCGGCCUUCACGCUGUUUUACCACGGGCGGAUGGACGAGAAGGGGCCGCCGAGCCCCGAGUGGCUUGCCUUUGAUUUAGAAAUGGCCUACGGAAUCAUGGGAAGCACACGCCAGAGCUUCAUGCUCACCUACCAGACCACGCGGCCCGUCAAGGCGCUCUACUUUGACGGCGAGUCCGCGACGCUGAUGGGGCUCGGCCAGCUGGACACGCAAAUGCUGCACCUCUACGGCAACGUCUCCGGGCCGGGCCGCGGAGACGGGCGCUGGCGCGGGCUGGAACCCGAGUACGAGAGGGCAAUGGGGCUCUGCGACUGGCUGCUGGAGAGGCGGUUGAGGGGCGACGGGUGGGGGAUCGAGGGCGUGGUGAGGAUGAACGCGGGCUUCGAGAUGAUAUGGUGCAACUUUGCAGGCGGGAGCCUGAGGCUUGUCUCAAAGACGAACGUGACGGCGCCACAGACGAGGAAGAUAAGCGGGAAGAGCGGAGGGGGGAGUGGUGGUGGGGACGAAGAGGUUCCGGAACGGAGCGAGCAGGACCGGGAGACGGCGCCGACGUCGGCGUACCCCCUGCCGGCGCAACCGACGUUGACGGACCGGCCCGUGAGCCCGUCCCGCCCUCCGAUGCCGCCCAACUGGCGCGGGAUCAUGGGCCCCGUCGACCGGGAGCCGUUCCUGCAGAGCCAGGGGUGGGGGUGGUUCUCGGCGGCGACAUGGCAUUACGGAUCGAACGGCGACGGGGCGGGACAAGGGGAGACUCGGGCCCGGGUCCUGAGCUGCGGAAUCGCGAGCUGGUACUCGAAGGACGCCUGGGGCUCCAUCGUUGGCGAAGAGAAGGAGAGGCUGAACCUCACCGGGGAGGGGUACUGGGCCGGAGGCCAGGGUGGCGGCGGCGACGAAGACCGGGCGGUGGCGAUGAACGAGCUGGGGAGGCGGCGUCGGCUGCAUCACCUGGAGGGUGCGACGGCGGCGCAGGCGGCGGGCAUGAGGUUCGAGACGGAGGUGAUGCUGCGGGAGGCUGUGGCGGGCGGCGGUGGGUGCAGCGGGAUGGACUGGGUCAGGACGAUGGGGGAGAUCGUGCAGCGGACGGCGGGUCAGCUGACGGCGCUCGAGCAGGGUGCUCGGUUCGGCGGCGACUGGGGCAACGGGACGGCGGUGGAGGAGUGGCUGUACCGGGUGCGGGGGCAGAGCCACAGGUUCCUCGUCUCGUUCCUCGAGUACCCGCACGAGGUGGACGCGGGGACGUGGGACACGUCGGGCGCGGUUUUCGGCGAGACGUACUCGCUGUGCCGGUACCGGUACACGAGGCUGCUGGUGGGCGUGCCGCUGAGCACGAGGGAGCGGGAGCUGAGGGGCGCGGCGGAGGAGGUCAUGGGCAGCAUCUGCGGGGUGCUGCUGGAGGUCGGCUUCGGGAUCGAGGGGGCGUGGUACGACCUCGAGGAGGGGCGGCGGUCUGGGCUGGAGGCCAAGGCGGCGGGGUGGGCGGACGCCGUGCGGCGGCUGCGGGCCUGGGUGGGAUGGGAGGGGGAGUUCAUCCGGUGCGGCAGGGUGUGCGGGUGGGACGAGCGGUGCUACAUCCCCAUGUGGCCGCUGGUGAAGUCCGUCUGGGGCGGCGGCGGCGGCGGCGGGAGGCGGCCUAGGCCGGCACCGGAGUAUGGGCUGGGCGGGAGUCGGGGAGGGGAUCACACGGGGCCUGGUGGUGGCAUACCGGGGCGGGGCCGCUGGUGGAUGGGGGACGAGACGGACCUCUGGGAGCCGAAGUGCGUCAAGAUGGAGAACGUGAUGCCGCGGCGGCGGGGCGAGUAA